AUGGGCUCCGUCUGUUCUCAAGUCUCUUUUCCCUUCUGCCACUCAGAUGCCCACACCCUACCUCCUGAACCUUCUUCGGUCUGCAAGCUCUGCUGGAAGGGUCCCAUAGCGGCGCAAUUUGGGCUCUUCUCUGAACACCUCGAGGAACGGCAGUACUUGGAACUUACACCAGAGCGUAAAGGAGGGUAUACGUAUUCGACCACGCUGGAAGCACUGAAAGCCCGCGCCACCACAGGCUGUGUGUGGUGCCAGUUCCUGGUCACGAUCAUACCAGAAAGUUGCAAACAGUCGAAGACGGUCGAGAUCAGACUGGGGACGCGCGUAACAGCAUCCCUUCACAGGACUUACAGCCCAGACGAUACUCAAGAACUAUGGGUUCUCGUGAAUGGGCAAGAAGCAUUUGCAGGAUAUGUUCAUACUGCCGCAGAUGACCCAGCAGCUGCGUCCAUCGUCGUGAGAAGCCCUAUCCUGGACGUUGGGUCUCCUCGCACUCUGGCGCUCGCGAAAGAGUGUCUUGACAAGUGCGCAGGUAGCCACGAGCAUUGCAUCAAACUCUCCGGCUCUCUGGACUCUCCCCUCCCUACCCGCCUCCUCGACUGCGCCAAUCCCGACCGUCCGUGUCUCGUGCAGACAGGUGGUCAGCGCGGCAGGUAUCUCGCCCUCAGCUACGUCUGGGGCGAGGACCAGCCUCAUAAGACCGCCAAAGCCAACAUAUUCGCCUACGCAAACGGGAUCGACGCCUCUAGUCUCCCCAAGACCCUUCUUGACGCGAUCCGUGUCACCCGCGCACUGGGCUUCCAGUACCUUUGGCUCGACACCCUUUGCAUCAUUCAAGACUCGGCCAAGGACAAGCGACACGAGCUGGCACACAUGCACCUCACAUACCUCCACGCCCACCUGACAAUCAUCGCUGCGAGCGCGCGGAAGGUUAGUGAGGGCUUCCUCCAAGAUCGGCCACCUGCAACGGAGAACUUAUCCGGUGGGGCGUUCCCGCCCGACGUUGCCGUGCCAUACAUCUGUCCGCCGCGUUCUGGUCAUUCCUCAGACAACGCCGUAGGCCAUAUCCGCAUUGCCCCAGCCUUCAGCUACUGGCAGGAGUACGUGAAGCAGCACAGUCACGCCUGGGAGCCUAUCGGGGAACGCGGCUGGUGCAUGCAGGAAUACUUCCUCUCCCGCCGCGCGCUCAUCUUCACCUCGCACACGCUGCAGUACCGGUGCCAUACGGAAAUCAAGAACCUCGGCGGCGCCUUCUACGACCUCGCCCGCGAGCGACGCAUACCCAACGCGCUGUUCCUCCCGGACCCGCAGCCUACCAGUGCAAGCGAGCCACCGUACGACACGGAGUGGUUCACCGCGCACCAGUCGUGGCUGGAGCUCAUCGAGGACUACAGCCAGCGCAAGGUGACCGUUUCGACCGACAAGCUGGUCGCGUGCAGCGCGAUCGCGGCGCAGUUCCACUGCCUCCUGCCCUCCGAGUACAUCGCGGGCCUCUGGCGAGACACACUCUUGACCGAGCUCAUCUGGUACAGGAGGGAAGGCACAGAGGCUCCCCGCCCAACGGAAUAUCGCGCACCGUCCUGGUCGUGGGCUUCCGUCGACGGCGGGGUCGUGUUGACGGCGGCGAAGCUCUUCCGGCAUGUCCCAGGUCGGUACGAGAGCGAGGUCGCGGACGUGGUGCGGUGCCAGGUUGCGCUUCGAGACGCCUCGCUCCUGUUCGGAGAGGUCACUGGAGGGUCUCUUGUCCUCCGUGCGGCGGUGAUGCCGUGCACAGUACUACACAAAGAGGUCGAUACGGGCAAGUACCGCGUGCUACUACAGUUUCCACAGCAGGCGCUCCCGGGCAAGAGUGGGGCCGCCCCGGUUGAAGUCGAUGGGAACACCGAGCACGUCGCAGAGGCCUACAUUGAUUGCGAGGCCGACGCAGGGAUCCAGCGGACGUUAAUUGUCCCGAUUGUCGUGGACAAGGAUCUCCAGCGCAGGCAACACAUGGCAGGUCUCGUCGUCGCUCCCGCCGGCUCAGGCUUGGGGGCGGAAAGCGCGGGGAGGGAGGUCUAUCGAAGGAUUGGGUUCUUCCAGUUCCCCUCUGAGAUGGUGGAGAGGCAGGGCCGAGAUGUGGAGUUGCAAGGCUAUGGAGUAAUAUCAUCAGUAGAGAUCGAGCUCGUCUGA